GAGAGGUCCGAAUCAGGCAGUUAUUGCUACAGCUGGAUAGUGAACAGCGGACAGUACAGAUUCUGACAUUGAGGUGGUACUUACUCCGUACCUCCACAUUACUGUGUCCAAGACACAUACUAUCCAACCAUCUAGUACCUUUGACAGACAAUGAUGAUGUGUGCGGCAUUUGCGUUGCUUGGCAAUGGUCGCUAUGUACGCCUCCAACGCCUGCCUGCCAAACAAUGCAGGCAACAACCAGUCCGGAUAGAGCAUCUUCGCAGGGCAAGACAGCCCCCAACGAACCAUUUGCGGCGUCGAUGUUGGCGAUACCCCUAGUCAAAUCCCCCAAAAACGCAGCGUGCAAGGUUCGCCGGGGGCUCGUCAGCGGCCCACCGAACAAGACUAGUCUGGCGCGGGGCCAAUCCCGGGGGGGCAUAGCGCGGUUUCAAGAUGAGGGCGUCGGGGCCAGCCAACGGAACGCACUGCGCGCCUUCAACAGCUCCCGAUCCAAGGGACUCCCAUCCCGCCGGCCGCCGCCUGCCUGUCUUACCGAGCCCCCCGCUAUCCUAGGCUUUGAUCUUGCGUGGACUGCUAGUAUCCCCGACUGGCUUUACCGCACCACACUACGUAUUCGUUCAAAGCUCCGUCUCGAGGAGCCCCUGUCGAUCCUCCACCUGCGCACAAACAUCUACGAGAUCUAUUAG